GUUGUUGCUACCUCGGGCUCAGGAAUCGCCACGAAAACUUAAAAUUUACGCCAAGUAACGGUUUCGGUUGACGACGUUCUUCCUGUUCUCUUCCACAAACAAUGCAGAGCAGAUGGAUACGACAGGGGGCACUAAUGUGAUCCGAAGGAAGAUUAUGAGGUCAAAGAAAGGCAGCGGCUGGCAUAAGUCACGAGAGGAAAGGCCCCUUAGACCAUCGAAGGAAGAAAGGCCCCUCAGAUCAUUCAACAGCCAAGCUGAAAGGGAACGGUUUACUGAUGUCUGGAAUACAGACACAGAUUCAGAUGAUGAACUCUCCUGGGAUGAAGACAUUGAGUACAGGUCAUAUACAGUUAAAAAGAGAAAAAAUGGACAGAGAUCAGUGUUGCAGAAAUCUUUCAUUUUACUGCUCGUUGUGGCGAUCCUCAUCAUUGCGGUGCUUGCUGGAGUGAUCAUUUGGCAACAUCUGCAGAAGACUGAAUCAGAACGGACGUGUUACAGCCCAGAAUGCAUCCAGGCCAGUGCCUACAUCAUGGGGAAGAUGGACCUUACCGUGGACCCCUGCCAGGAUUUCUAUCAGUACACAUGUGGCAACUGGAUGAAGACCACCAAAGUCCCGCCCUCCCGUCCACGCUACAACAUCUUCUCAGAAAUUGAUGACCAGAACAAUGAAAAAGUGAAGGCUAUUUUGGAGAAGAGCGGUUCAACUUUUAUGAAUAAUCACUCCACGGCGAUAGAGAAAGCGAAGACCUAUUACAGGCUGUGCAUGAACGAGGACAGGAUAGAGCAUCAGGGAGUGACUCCCGUUCCGUUAUCUUUCUUUCAGUUCAUACGUGACCUGCACUCUUGGCCUUUGACCUCAGCACAUGGUGUCACAUGGUCAAAUGCAUCAUGGGACUUUCUCACGGCACUAACAACCAAUCACAUGAAGGGAUUUGAUGCUUUGUUUGACAUGACUGUUUCUGUAGAUGACAAGAACAGCAGUCAGUAUAUGAUGCAGUUUAGUCAGAGUGGUUUAUCCUUGGCCUCCAGAGAAGAAUAUUUCACCAACCACUCAAAUUACCAAAGCAUAAAAAGACUCCUGGAGUUUGGUGCUCAGCUUGGGGAGUUGUGGGGAGACAACUCCACCGUAAGGGCAGGGAUUUCUGAUAUCUACGAUCUGGAGACCCAGUUAGCACAUAUUCAUGUUCCGCAGGAAGAGUUGCUAAAUCCAGAAACUUACCACAAAAUGGCGGUCUCAGAAUUCCAGAAGCUGAUCGGGUCGUCUAAAUUGGACAUUUCUCGUUACCUGAAGACUCUGUUUGGGAGAGACCUUGGUGAUAUCUCUGUACUCGUUUAUACCCCGAACUACUUCCGACAUCUAGGAGGGGUCCUCACUAAAACAACGAAAAGCACUCUCGCUAACUACAUCGUGUGGAAUGCAGUAAACUCGCAGGUGGGCUAUUUCCCGGCGAGUUUCAUAGAGGCCAGUCUCCUGCUGAGUAAGGUGGAGAGCGGGAUUAAGGGCCUUGAUCCUCGGUGGCGGAGGUGUAUCAACAAAGUCAACGGAGCGUUUGGAUUUGCUUCUAGCGCCCUCUACGUUCAGGAGUAUUUUGCCAAAGAGAGCAAAUCCAAGGUCCUAAAUAUAGUAAAGGAGAUUGAGGAGGCAUUUAUUCUGGGAAUGCCAAUGGUAUCGUGGAUGGAUGAGAAAACCCGACAGAUUGCUACGGAGAAAGUUCGCAAGAUCGUCCAGAUGAUCGGAUAUCCGGACUGGAUCCUGAACACCACAGAACUGGACAAAUACUAUGAAAAUGUGACGCUUUUAGAGGGAGAAUUCUUCCAGAGUCAUCUACACAGCCUUCGACACUCCGUGGAGAGAAACCUGAACAAGUUGGGAACCAUUCCCGACAGACGGGAGUGGCACAUGAUGCCGGUGGUGACGAACGCAUAUUAUUCCCAGGCCUAUAACCAGAUUGUCUUCCCAGCGGGCAUUCUCCAGCGUCCGUUCUUCACAGCCACAUUUCCUAUGUCCUUCAACUUUGGUACUACAGGGAUGAUUAUAGGCCAUGAAAUGACACAUGGGUUUGAUAACAAAGGUCGCCAUUAUGAUAGAUAUGGAAAUCUGAAUAACUGGUGGAGCAACCAAUCAGCAUCCAGCUUCAAGAAGGCGACGUCAUGCAUGGUCAAACAGUACUCCUCAUACAUCGCAGAAAAUACUCACUUGAAAGGAGAACGUGUUCUUGGAGAAAACAUUGCUGACAAUGGAGGUCUAAAAACAGCAUACAACGCCUACAAACACUGGGAAAGGUCACAAGGGUCAACGGAGGUCAAGGACCUUCCAGGACUGUCCUUGACCCAGGAACAGCUGUUCUUUGUGGGAUUUGGUCAGUUAUGGUGCUCAUAUUACACUCCACAAUACACAAUGCAGGCCAUUCUGACAGACGAACACACGAUAGGCAAAUUCAGGACAAUAGGCGUGGUAUCAAACUCAGGAGAUUUUGCACGGGCAUUCCAGUGUGCACCUAAUACUCCAAUGAAUCCUCAAACAAAGUGCCAAGUUUGGUGAAAAUCGGAUUAUCUUUCCAUAUUGUCUGUGAUCACAGCAUGCAUUCCGUUGGACCAGAUUUUGUUAUCUGAGAUUUUGCCUGUUUAUAUUUUUCCAAAUAAGCAAACUGCCGAAAUCGAUUUCAUCCAAAGUCCAAUUAUUAUUUUCUAGAAGCUGUUAGAACAGCAUUAUUUCUAUUAUGAAUAAUUUUGUGUUUAUUAGGCCAAAUUAAAAUUAAUUAAUAGUUUCUCGGGCCAAAAUUUUCAAAUUUUAAUGAGACAGGCAGGUAUAUUUUUUUUUUACUUGGCUGUAGUAUGAGUUAUCUUUCCUUGUUUAUCUCAGCUGUAGAAUGAGUUACCUUUUUUUUCUCUCAUGUACAUAUUCAUAUACAUUAUAAGCAAUGGAAGUUUUAUUUUUAUAGAAAAAUAGUUUCACAUUACUUACUAUUAAGUGUAUACUAUUAUUCUUAAACACUUGCACAUAGAUGAGUAUGCAUUCAAUAAUUAUUUGAUCUAAACGAUACUUAAAACUUUAUCAAAACCUUUUGAAAGUUUUACAAAUUAGAUAUCUUUAGUUACACAUAAAUUGAAUAAAGAUUCCAUGCGAUUCCUUUUCAACAGAUGCAGUGGGGCCUGAGAAACUAUUGAUUGAUUUUUCUUGGCCUUAGUACAAUGUGUUGAGAUCUAGUCUCGAGUAUACAGACCUUUGGUUUGUGCUUAACAUUUUUCUACAAGCCAAUAGAACAACUUGUUAAUUGUUAAUGUCAUUUAUUAUAUUUUGUUCCCGUUUUUUUUUUAGGAUGAGAGAGGGGAGUGUGAUAUGUUAUGUAUCAAUUACACUGAUCCUUUACACCAUUGUAAAUCUAUUGCAUGUGAAGAUAUGGAUCUCAAAUGUUAUUUCUGAUAUUAAUUGAGUGUAUCAACAUUUUAUACAAUAGGAGAUACAUUUACAUUUAACUAAUGCUUCAGUAUGUUUUAGGAUAAAGAUUUCACACUACAUACAAUUUGUAUUUACAUGUAAUAUACAACAAUUUUGAAACUUGUGCUCUGUCAGGUGAUGAUCCAAUAAUUAGGGUGGUGGAUCCAGUAGAGUCACUGGAGCCCAUGUUAUUGUGUUUUAUGAAUACACUUGUAUUUAUUAUCGAUAUUUUUUUUGGUUGUUUGAUCUAACAUUCCUUUUACUUUCAUUGUGUUCAUGCAUAAUUAUUUUUUUUUUUUUUUUGUGGAAUAUGUGAACAAUUAUUUGUGAUAUUUAUAUAAAUGCUCUUGGACAAAUUUUUGAAAAUAUUUAUUACAUAUUUUGCAUAUAUAUAUAUAUAUAUAUAUAUAUAUAUAUAUAUAAAUAUAUAUAUAUAUUGUGAUUUGUUUAUGAAGACAGUUCUUGUCUUCAAAUACUGGGUUGUGAAAUUUAAUUAUGUAAUUGUUUAAGCUCUGUUUAAUUAAGAAAUCAUUUUUAGAUGUUAAUUGUAGAUAAACUGGGAAUCUCUUGUCUAUUUAAUGAUAGGCUUUGGGAAUUCUGUCACUGUCUGAUGAUGGGCUUAGAGAAUCACAUGGUAAUCUGAUGAUACAGAUUUACAAAAAAAAUUACAAAUAUCUCAUUUCUGUCAUUUUAAUUUUUUUUAAAUUUUACUUAGUGCAAAAGAUUUUCUUUUCUGAUUUGAAUUUCUUAUAUAUAACUAAAGUACUUAUGUCCAUAAGAAUUUUCUUUGCUGCAAAUUGUCAAAUUCUGAAUUUUUCCACAUGAACUGUCUGUUAAAUGUAUAUCGUUAUUUCUCUUUAUUUAAUAUCUUUGGAUUUUCAAAUGGUUUAAGUUAUUUUGUGGAUUCGGAAAAAUCUCUGACUUGAUUUUGUCCCAGUUUGUCUUUCAUUGUUGUAAGCUAAGACGUGCGAGGGCAUAUGUAUGUGAAGUGCUUUUUUUCCCUCAUUUUGUUAGCUAAGAUGUGCGAGGGCAUAUGUAUGUGAAGUGCUUUUUUUCUCAUUUUGUUAGCUAAGAUGUGCAAGGGCAUAUGUAUGUGAAGUGCUUUUUUUCCCUCAUUUUGUUAGCUAAGAUGUGCGAGGGCAUAUAUGUAUGUGAAGUGUUUCUUUUUUUCAUUAUAAGGUUUCUUAUUGCUCAGAACAAGUAUUUCUUCUAGUGUAGCCCUGUUUUCUAAUCACUGAAUUUUACGUAGAGCAGAUUUUUGUGACCAAUGAUUUUUUUAAACAACCUCAUGAUAUGAGAUAUACACUGUAUGACAUGUAAAUUAAGUGCCUUAAAGAAAGAGAGGGGGGGGGGGAGUGCAUCUCAACUCCUUUUACUAAUGUCUUUAUUGCCCCAUGGUUUAAGAAUUCAAUUUUAUUUGUCUCAUAUGAAGGGGAGGGGGAGUUGCGUGGAAAUCCAUCGACCAGUUUUGUAUAACACCCUGUACAUGUAUGAUGAUUCAUCAUACAAGGACCAUUGAUACAAGGUCGCACAAAUUAUGUUUAUUUCACAAUAACAAAGCAAUGUUUGCUGUCUUGAAAUGCUGUUCAAUGUGUGUUGGAAAUGUCAAAUGCAGCAAUAAAUGCAGUGACCAAGCGCUGUCAUCCACUGUCUAA